CAUCUGUAGUUUACAGAUUAGGAAAAUAUAUGCAUUUCCUACAUUAAGAGCAAAAAACGACCCAAAUUGGGCGAAAGUAACGCGGUACUUUAUUUUAAAUCAUCAAAGAUGCAACCAUUCACAUGUUUUCAAGCAUCCGUGGCAGUAAUGGCGGAGGAUCCGGUUACAGCUCUCCGAUCAGCUGCUGAUCAGAUGGAUUGAUUCUGUGUCCGAUCCUCCGAACCGAGUCAUCAUCCGAACCGAGUCAUCACCCGACUGAAGGCGGAUUACAGCUCGUUCGUGACGCGAGUCUGAAGCGGUGUAAUCAUGGAUGUGUUCGGCUUUCUCAAUCUAAACGAGCUCGCUCUGGGGCUGUCAAACCUCUCCAUGUUCCCCUACUUUGACAUGGCGCAUUAUAUCAUAUCAGUGAUGAGUCUGAGAGAGCAGCCAGGAGCGCUGGAGGUCUCUCAGCGAAGUCCGUUUGCGUGUUGGUUCAGUUCGAUGCUCUAUUGUUUCGGUGGAGCUGUUCUCUCAGCGCUGAUGAUGGCAGACGCUCCAGUCGCACCACUGACCAACACCACCAACCUGCUGCUCGCCUCACUGAUGUGGUAUCUGGUGUUUUACUGUCCUCUGGAUGCCGUGUACUCGCUGGCGUCCGUGUUGCCCGUGCGUCUGGUCUUGACGGUGAUGAAGGAAGUGACCCGCACCUGGAAGGUUCUGGGCGGAGUCACACAAGCAGGAAGGAAGUACAAAGACGGUCUGUUUGUGAUGAUCGCGGUGGGCUGGGCUAAAGGAGCCGGAGGAGGACUCUUGAGGAACUUUGAGCAGCUGGUGCGAGGCGUCUGGAGACCGGAAACCAACGAGCUCCUGAAGAUGACAUACCCGACCAAGGUGACUCUGCUGGGGUCGGUGUUGUUCUCUCUCCAGCAGUGUCACUUCCUCCCGAUCCAGACGCAUCAUCUGAUCUUCAUCUACACGCUCUUCAUCGUCACCAACAAGACGCGGAUGAUGUUGUUGGGCUCAUCGUCGUAUCCGUUUUCAGCGGUGGAGUCUCUGCUCUACAAGACUCUGUUUGUUCGACCUUUGACCUUUUCACCUCUGACCGACUCGACCCCGAGCUGCCUCUCUUCUCCGUUCCACAACAAACCCAACGGAUCAGCUUCCAACAAACCGGACCAAACCGACCCCAAAGACGCAGAAAGCAGCAAAAAGACGGACUGAACCUGACGGAGAACAGACGGUUUACUGUAGCUGAAGAAUCUUCGUCAAACCUUUCUACACGAUGUUUUAAAACGCACAGAAGCUCUUUUUAUCUUGAUUCCUGAUAUGUACAUAUUUGCUUGAUUCACAGAGAAUUCUAUUCUUUUCUAUCCUGUAAUGGUGAGGAUAAUAUAUUUUAAUAAUAUUUGUAACGCAUUUAUGAAUGUAAUGCACAAAGUCGAAUGCUGAAGCCCGUUUUAAGACGUUUUGAGUGCUGAAAUGAUUUAAUAUAAUUCACUUGCUUCCGA